AUGUACGCUGCAUACCAGUGUAUUGAAGUUAUCGGAGAGUUUGUUAUUGCUGCAAGUGCUCACACGUUGCAAACCUUCAAUCUCUGCAAUGGGUCUCAGAUCUCAUCAUGGGCAUGCCCGGACCAACUGAAUAAAACUGCCCUAGCCACUCAAUCCGAACCUACAAACGAUGAAGAUGGGUUACAAGGCUCCGCUGCCCUUUCAAUAGAAGCUACAGGAUCAGAUUCCAAUCAGCCACCCAAAAGGAGGAAACUGUCGGAUCCGAGCAACGAGGAAUCCUCUUCCGUUGGCAGGGCGCCAAAAGGCGAGAAACCAAGAGCAUGCUCGCAGAGAACAACUACAAAGACCUCUAUAUAUCCUAAUAUUGUUGCAUUGACGUCAUCGAAUGAUGGAAAAUAUAUAAUAAUAGUAACGGGAGAGGACAAGACAAUUCGAGUCCUUCGGCACGACGGCGGCCAUCUGCAACAAAUAUCCGAGAGGUCUAUGCCAAAAAGGCCUUGCGCUGUUACACUAUCGCCAUCGGGCUCUGCGAUCAUCUGUGCUGACAAAUUUGGAGAUGUCUAUUCACUUCCCUUACUUAUGGAUUUACCUGAAGGACAGGACGCCACGACAGCACCCUUAGUUGAGGAUGAGAAUUUAUCCGAAAAACCCAAGCAAUUUGUGUCCUCCGCGAAUGAUCUUACAGUUCACUCUGCACGGAAUCGCAGAGCACUCCAGAACCAGCUGAAGCAGAAUCUAGCCAAGGCAGACAAAGUCGAAGCCAAUUUCGGACAACAGUUAUUACUUGGACAUGUUUCAAUGUUGACAGAUAUUGCACUCGUUGAGGAAUGUGGGCGCAAUUAUAUUAUCACUGCUGAUAGGGAUGAACAUAUACGUGUGUCUCGAGGAAUUCCGCAUUCGCAUAUAAUCGAAGCCUAUUGUCUGGGGCACAGCGAGUUUGUGAGCAGGCUAUGCCUUCCAAAAUCCGAUCGUCGCCUCCUGAUCUCAGGUGGAGGCGACGAUGAUUUAUUUGUUUGGGAUUGGCUUUCAGGGGAUCUGCUCCAAAAGGUAAAUAUAUCAUCCCAUGUGGAGCUUAUACUACGCGGAUUCUCUGGUGAAGGGUGUGGCGUUGGUAUUGGGGCCAAUGAUGACUCCCACUCGCCGAAGGUCAUAGUCUCGGGCAUAAAGCAUCUGCAGCAAGAUCCAAACAGCAAUUCUGGCAGUGUUGUUGUAAUGUGUGAGGGUGUCCCAGCGUUGUUCUUCUUCGUAUUAUCCCCGGCUGGCAUCCUUUCGCAUUAUCAAACUUUGCCUCUCAACGGAAAUCCUUUGGCCAUGGCUACAAGCGUACAAAACAAUACUUUGAUUGUUUCGGUUGACCUGUGGCAUUGUCCCGGUUCGGUAGUUCAACUCAGAGACGUGAAAACGACAGGGGCGGAAGAGCCCUUGAAGGUCAUCAAAUCCGAUGGCAAGGAUUGGACUGUGGUGACUUCCCACUUUGGAAAGGUUGAUAUUACUGGUGUUGAUCACCAAACAAUGCCGGCGGCAAAUGUUGACUGGUGGAAUGUUCUCUACAAUCUGGGAAACCUGCGGAAGCGUGCAGGAUGGGAAUAA